CUAGCCAACGCCAGCGUGCAGAAAAGUCGAAGGACUGCUUAAAAAAGGGGCGUUCCGAGAAUUGAACUCGGGACCUCUCGCACCCUAAGCGAGAAUCAUGCCACUAGACCAAACGCCCACGUUUAAGUGCGUCGUAAUAGAUAUUGAUCAAAAUAAUUAAUGGGCUGCCAUUAUGAUAGGCUUCCGAGGUGUCAGUGGUUGAAUGGCUUCCCCCAUCUGCGGCGCACUGCCGCGGAAUGCGCUUUGCGGUCCGCCGCUCGCCCCGACUCCCGCACGCCUUGAAUCCCGCCGCACUCACACUCACAUUCCCAGUCUCUGCCACACCCGCUCCCACAGCAGCACCACUAGGGGCCAAUGUAGCGUGCCUAUUAGGCGCCAACGCAGCACCAUUUUGCCACGUGGUAGCUUGAGAGGCAUGCCACGUGUCCGCCAACCUGGCGGCGCCUUCCACGUGCGCGCGUUCACGUCAGCAGCUGAAUCGUCACCCUCUGACCCUGCCGCCCAUCCGUCCCCUCUGUUCCUGGGAUUCGAUUUCGGCACGUCCGGGGCGCGUGCUGUCGUUAUCGAUGGCGAAGCAACCAUUCUGGCUGACGUCAAGAGGAAGUACCCUCCACCCGUGCAUGCUGACUCAGCAGCUGAGUCAGCUGCUGGCAGCAGCAGCGGCAGCGACCUGGACAGUGACGUGUCAGCAGCGGAGGGGUGGCGGGCGGCGUUGUUUAGACUGUUGCGUGAGAUUCCCGAGGAGCUGAGGCGGCGAGUAGCGGCAGUGUCUCUGGACGGCACGUCGGCCACCACCAUGGUGGUGAGCAGCUCCACGUUCGAGCCGGUGAUCAAGCCCAUGAUGUACAACGAGGCAGGCACCCCAGAGGCCGUGGCUGCAGUGGCGGUGGUGGCGCCGGCCAAUCACACGGCGACAGCUGGCACAUCCACGCUGUGCAAGCUGAUGACGUGGUGGCUGAAGCGGGGGGAGGGGGGGAGUGGGGAAGGGGAGAGAGGUGGGGGAGGGGAGGUGGUGAUGGUGCAUCAGGCGGACUGGCUGCUGGGGCAGCUGUGUGGGGGAGGCACAGACGGGCAUGUCACUGACUUCAACAACGCGCUCAAGCUGGGCUACGACCCUGAGAGCGAGGCCUACCCCGACUGGCUGCUGGCGCUGCCCCUCGCACACAUGCUGCCACGAGUGCUGGCGCCGGGGGGGGUGAUUGGGACCGUGUCCGCACGAGUCACCGAGGAGUUUGCCCUCCCCCUUGACUGUAUCAUCACCACCGGCACCACCGACAGCAUAGCCGCCUUUCUUGCCGCGAGGGUAACUACCCCCGGGGAUGCGGUGACCUCCCUCGGCUCUACCCUCGCUGUCAAGCUCGUCAGCACCGCCCGCAUCGACGACGCCCGCUUCGGCGUAUACAGCCACCGCUUGCCGCCUGGUGAUUGGGCCCCGCCCGGAGUGCAGACCGGGGAGGAGAUGGAGCACGGAGGCGGGGGUGCAAAAGAAGACAAGGAGUGCAAGUGGCUGGUGGGCGGCGCGUCGAAUACGGGCGGUGCAGUGCUGCGGGAGUAUUUUACAGACGAGGAGCUAAGGGAGCUGAGUGCGAAAAUAGACCCGAAAAUAGAGUGUAAACUUGAUUAUUACCCACUCACACGGCCUGGGGAGAGGUUCCCCGUCUCCAACCCUGACUUGCAGCCUCGCCUCUCUCCCCGCCCCGCUGACGACUCGGUCUUUCUGCACGGCAUUCUCGAAUCCAUCGCCACCAUCGAGGCACGAGCAUACUCGUUAUUAGCUGACCUGGGCGCAUCGCCAGUGCAGCGGGUGUACACAGCAGGAGGGGGAGCAGGCAACCCUGUAUGGACAGCCAUAAGGGGGAGGGUGAUGGGAGUGCCUGUGGCCCCUUCAGACAACACCGAUGCUGCGUUUGGGUCGGCACUGCUUGCUAGGGAAGGGUUCGUGAGACAUAAAAAGGGCACAAGGCUAGUCAAGUGAAUUGAAUGCAGUAGUUUCUGCUCUAUUUUGAGCAGCAGGGGGAGCAGGCAACCCCACUUGGACAGCCAUACAGAGAGUGAAGGGAAUGCCUGCGGCCGCUGUGGACAAUACCAAUGCUGCGUUUUGGUCACCACAAUUUGCUAGCUAAGAGACACUGCAAACAUGUAACAGGGUAUGGCUUGAGUUUUGAAGUUUGGAGAAAGCCUUAACGCAAGCAUGAGAUGGCUUGUCACCUCAAGUUGUAGGGAUUCGAAUUGAACC